UAAGAUGGAGCUGCAUAUAAAUCAAGGAGGGACAAGGUCCUUGCCAUUGGUCAGGGUAGAUGAGGACCUACAGAAAGAAAAGGCCUGGCAUCCCACCCACUUGCAACUGACCGUCCUGCGUGCCUGCUCCCUGCGCCCUAAGGGAAGCACGGGCACCAGCAACCCUUAUGUUGUGAUUCAGCUGCAAAAGCAAAAAUUUAGGACCUCUGUAGCACUACACAACCUGAGCCCUGAAUGGCACGAAGAGUGCACACUACAACUGCCAACUGUGUUGGAUGACUCGGAAGAACAUGGCCUUAUCCUCACUGUCAUGCACCAAUCUGUUCACCACUUCAACCAAUUCUUGGGCAGGGUCAAUUUGCCUCUUGCCCAGCUUUUUCAAGACAAAACAAAGAGGAGAAAUGAGUGGUUUGUGUUGCAAUCUCGCCCAGGAAAGAAAGAGAAGAUCAGAGGACAGCUGCAGCUUGACAUCCAGUUCUUACAGAUCUCAUCGCCAACUAGUGAGCCAGCAGUGAACUCUCCUGGAACUUGGACCUUCUUCACCAGAUUUUGUGGAAGCAAGAAGGGCAGGAAGUACAAAGUCUACAAAGAAACUCUAUCUCAGUCAUCUAGCUUGGCUAAUAAUGAAGAUUCGUCUUCUUCAAGCAUCAGCACAGAGCUGGAGGCUGCAGCAGAGAAAUCUGGAGCCAGUCUUGGCAGUUCUUUGCACAUGACAACAGCAACCUGUGUUGGAAAGAAAUCUAUAUCCAAACCCCAACUGCAGAAGCUCGUUUCCUGUAACUACAAAGAACUUCCCUCUGAAGUUACAAACACAACACAGUCCGAGCAUCCAAGUACCUUGGAACAGUUCAAUAGCAUCUUUAGUCAACAGCCCAAGAAAAAAUCAAAACCCCUGAAAGAGGAUAGAAGUCCAGAGGCAGCAGGCAUCUCUAUGGAACCCUGGCAAGCAUCUCUUCCACCCCUUCAUACUGUAGGGCACAGUGAUAUUCCCCCAAGGGCUCAUACCCUCCAUUUCUCUAUAGUGAGUCUUCAACAGAUCACUAAUAUUGCACCAGCCAGCUCUAUUACCAGCCGUUUCCAUAGAUGCCGAAUGCAGCUGCAUAGGAGUUACCAGUUCUGUCGCAGGUGUCUUGGAGUGGGGUCUUGAUCAUACGUUAACUUUGUUUCUACAUUUCUCAAUG